AUGGAGAAACUUCUCCAAACCACGUCUACAUUCGGUGAGGAAAGAGGCCUCAUGUUCAAUCCCGCUAAAUCUGCGGUCUUGGAAUUCUAUCGGUGGGAAGCCAUAUGCGUUCCAGCGCUACACGGUUACUGCAACACGGUUUCCGUCAUGUCGAACACUCUGCGGAGAAACAUCGAAACAGCCCAAAGACAGGCAGCCAGGUGGGCGCUGGGGGAACCAGCGCGCAACUUAGCCAAUGAGUUCUCAAAAGGAGAGCUAGGCUGGUCAAUUUUCGACGAGAGGGAAGCCGAAUGUAAAAUCACAUACUUCAAGCGCAUUAAAGAGAUGCCCGACGAAAGAUGGGCGAAGCGGAUGCUGACUAUGAUCAGCAUCAUCAAUGCCAGAAUCAAAGCCGUAGAGAGGAUGAAGACGCUUUCAUUGAUAUAUGACUGCGAUAAGAUAGUGGUCAAACGGUCGGAAGCAGGCGAAGCCUGUUCGAACACAUUCAGAAAGAGUGUGGAGAAGAUGAUCCGAGAUUUGGUCCAUCGUGAAUGGAGAGACGGCAUGAGCGAAAAGCCCAGCCCGAUCGAAAUUUUCCCGAUCUUCUAG